CUCAAGAAAACUAUGGCAGAUGUUGAGGCGGCACAGGCGACAACGAAGCGGAAGGUGUCUGUCCUACUUGCAGAGGCAGAGACUAUUGACCCGGAUCAAUAUGCAACCUACAAGCAAUUGAAGGCACUGGAGAAGCAACUUGAUGCUACGAUAGGUCGCCACGUUCGACGACUUCACAUGAGCACCCAGAAUCCGCCAAAGAUGGUCCGAAAAACCAUGAAGGUGUCUUUCUACUACUCAUUCGUACCAUCCAAGAAAUCCGACAGCAACAGCAGCGCUCCAUCCCCUUCAAGCGACGGAGAGCAAGUACACCGAACAGAACUGAUCGACGAUGGCGAGUGGACUUUUCGCGUCGAGGGCACGGUCAUGGACGGGAACACACCAUGGCCCACAACGAAGCGAUUUUCCAACUUUUUUCGUAAAGCCAUCCUGGAAUUGGACGAUCAACUGUAUCCUGGCUGCAAUCCCAUUGAGUGGUCUAGCUUUCGUUCAGGCGACGAGUCGGAUGGGUUUACGAUUACUCGUCCUGGGAAGAGAGGCUGUUGUGGUCACACGCUUCGGCUCCAACUGCUUCGCCACCAAAGCCCCGAGCGCUUUGUGCUAUCUCCGGACUUGUACGAAGUCCUGGCACCGUAUGUGAAGCCAACCCACGGCGCCGACGACUCUUUCGUCAAGGCCGACAUUUCGCUCGCGCUGUGGCAAUACAUCAAAGACAAAGACUUGAUGCAGGUUGACGGAUCCCGUGCCAUCUCAAACGAUGCCGCAUUCCAGCGCAUCUUUGAGUGCUCCGAACAACCCAUCCACGCGUUGAUGGGGAAACUCCAGAAGAAGCUCACCCCCGUUGGCCCCGUGUCCCUAGAGUUUGAUCUAAAGUUGGAUGAUGCCCACAAAGAUGAAGUGUGCCUCAGCACCAAGUCCUUCAGCAUCGAGGUACAAGCCGAAGAAGCAUUGCUCCAAACUCAAAUGGCCGCGCUCGCUUCUAUCGCGGCGCAUCGUAAAGACACGACGGACGAGCUCAACCAGCUUGAACUUCAGAUGGCAAACCUGGUGCGGCGCAUCAACUCUCACGUCGCCAACCGAUCAUGGAUGGCAAAGUUUGCUGAGGACCCUUCAGUGUUUAUGGACCAAGUCUUCGCGUCCCAAGCCGCCGAUGAGCAGAUUCUGUCGGCGGCACACCGAGAGUCGCCCGCGCACUUGCACGACCCGACUGUGUAUGAGCAGCCGUGGGUUCACAGCACGAUCGACAUGGUCGUUGCCCGAGAGACCGCACUCUAGCGUUUUCAGGAAAUGGAUGCUUAAGUGAUGAGGCAUUCGACUAGAUAUGGAUUCCAUUGCAACAGGUCUAGAUGUCUGCUGUGGGCAAUGGGGCUUGCGCGGACGACUGAUACGAACAUACAGAGAACGUGUCGUCGCCUUCGCAGUGCGAGCACGACGUGGUCGCAACGUCGGCGACUUCUUCAUGCUUGUCGGGGAUGUAGUCGUAGGCUAAGGAAGCAUAUCAUGCGCAUGUAGCAUCGAGAGAUGGCUAACCAGAGUACGUUUCAAUAAUGUCGUGCUUGGAGCGAUACAAAAUCGAGACGAAGGUUGCGUCGACUACGAAGUAUAUCAAGUUGAAAGCUCCCGCGAAGCCUGCCGCCACCGUAUGGUCCUCCAUGGUUGCAGAUGCAACCAACUA